CGUUGCCUAGUGCGGAUCUCCAGGACCAUUCUUUAGAAGGAAAUCAGAGAGUGUAUUUAGUGUGUGUUUGUGGAAGUGGUAAUAGAAUAGUUUUUUGAAACCAUUUAACUUUUGGGUGUUGUACUUUAAACGGUUUAGAGCACUUUUGGCAGUGGAUUAGACAGAAGCCAGUGAACUUCCGGAAGUCGGAAAUAGAGUGUUUCCUAUCCCCCGCCCUGAUUUCAGUUGUUCUCCGUUCAUGUGUUGUGUCGAAACCAACAGUGUGCUAGAAUGCCCCAUCGCCAUCCAAGUGGAUAAUUGCACAUCCGACGGCAAAUCCUUUGAACUGACUAUGGCGGCAAUGCCCAGGGCUAAUCAAGUGUAAAUCCUUUCGGUUCCGACGACGUCUCGGACGCAGCACCAAAGAAAACACGAAGAACACGAAAUGCAGUUUUAGUGAUUGGCUUUGAUAUUAGACGCAGGAAAAAUGUCCCUUUUGGUAACUUAGUCAAAAUUUCUUCCUCGAUCUAAAUCCAACCGUAAGGAGAGAAAAAUCCUUGGCUCCAAAGCAACAAGUGGUUUCUCCCCUUAUUUUUCCUCGACGGCGCUUGGCGACGCUACGGUAAUUUCGCGUAGAAGUUUGUAACUUUUCCAUUGUGCAACCGGAUCCGCGUCAGCGCCAUUUAUGUUCGAGCUGGAUGACCCACGGGAAAAGCUGAGACUACUGGAGACCCCAGUUAAGCUGGUUGACAACCCAGGCAACAUCGAAACUGGCAAACUAGCCAAGGAUCCGUUGGUGGACGGCGACUGCAAAAACGGCGUCGACGGUGGCGUGGGUGGCACCGGGGAGGAAGUCUCCCUGGCGAUGACCACCCUCGGUCAGAUCAAGGCCGCCUCGAGGAAACCGGGCCACUGCUUGGACCUGGCCGAGUCCGACCAGCGGGAAACAUGGUCCGGCAAGGUGGACUUCCUGCUCUCGGUCAUCGGGUUUGCCGUGGAUCUGGCCAACGUGUGGCGCUUUCCGUACCUGUGCUACAAGAAUGGUGGCGGCGCUUUCCUUGUUCCUUAUUGUGUGAUGCUGUUAGUCGGCGGAAUUCCUCUCUUCUACAUGGAACUGGCGCUUGGUCAGUUCAACCGGAAAGGUGCCAUCACUUGCUGGGGUCGUCUAGUUCCUCUUUUCAAAGGUAUCGGCUACGCGGUCGUCCUCAUCGCAUUCUACGUCGAUUUCUACUACAACGUGAUCAUCGCUUGGUCGCUGAGGUUCUUCUUCGCUUCGUUUACCAGUCAGCUGCCUUGGACGCUGUGUGACAAUAGCUGGAACACGAUCCUGUGCAAACCGUUCGAGUUUGGUGGUCCCAACAAGACUGCCGUAGCGGCGACGGUGGCCUCGGUCAAUGGGACCUUUGCCAACACGUCCAUUGCGCUGUCCAACGAAACGGUUAAAUUUGCCUCGGCAGCGUCGGAGUACUUCAAUCGUUAUAUCCUGGAACUGGACAAAAGCGCAGGUCUUCACGACUUGGGCACCAUCAAGUGGGACAUGGCGCUGUGUCUACUGGCCGUCUACCUAAUUUGCUAUUUCUCGCUGUGGAAGGGAAUCAGUACGUCCGGAAAAGUGGUUUGGUUCACGGCUCUCUUUCCGUACGCGGUGCUGUUGAUCCUGUUGGUUCGUGGAAUUACUCUUCCGGGUUCGGCUGAUGGCAUCAAGUACUAUUUGAGUCCCCGAUUCGAUAUGAUCGAAAAACCGGAAGUGUGGGUCGAUGCAGCUACCCAGGUGUUUUUCUCGUUGGGACCGGGUUUUGGUGUGCUGCUGGCGUAUGCUUCGUACAAUAAAUAUCACAACAACGUUUACAAGGAUGCUAUUUUGACCAGCUGCAUCAACUCGGCCACUAGCUUCGUAGCUGGAUUUGUGAUUUUCUCGGUCCUUGGAUACAUGGCGCACGCCAGUGGGCAAGAUAUUGAGGACGUUGCAACGGAAGGCCCUGGAUUGGUGUUUGUGGUGUAUCCGGCUGCGAUUGCCACCAUGCCCGGUAGCAUCUUUUGGGCGUUGAUUUUCUUCAUGAUGCUGUUGACCCUGGGAUUGGACAGUUCGUUUGGCGGAUCGGAAGCCAUCAUUACGGCUUUGAGUGAUGAGUUCCCCAAAAUUGGACGCAAUCGGGAGAUAUUUGUGGCUGGUCUGUUUACGCUGUACUUCUUCGUUGGCUUGGCCAGCUGUACGCAAGGAGGAUUCUAUUUCUUCCAGUUGUUGGAUCGGUAUGCAGCGGGAUAUUCGAUAUUGAUUGCUGUGUUGUUUGAGGCGAUUGCAGUUUCAUGGAUUUAUGGAACGAAACGCUUCUGCGAUGACAUCCGGGACAUGAUCGGGUUCGCACCGGGCAUCUACUGGCGCGUCUGCUGGAAGUUCGUCGCUCCCCUCUUCCUGCUGUUCAUCAUCAUCUACGGUCUGAUCGGGUACGAACCGCUGAGCUACGAGGACUACGUCUACCCGACCUGGGCCAACGUGCUCGGGUGGUGCAUCGCCGGUUCCUCCAUGAUCAUGAUCCCGCUGAUGGCAUUCUACAAGCUGCUCGUCACCCCGGGUACUCUUCGGCAGCGGUUCGUGAUCCUAACGACGCCUUGGCGCGAUCAGCAGAUGUCCGUCAACGGAGUAAUGGUCGAGCCGGCUCAGGUUCGAUUGACCAACUCGGACGAAGGCGAAGAGGUUUGAGUGCGAUCCUUCUCACUCAAGUUCGACAUCUAUUUCGUUUGAUCAAGUGAAGGAGGGAGUUUUUCUAUGCUUUUGGUUUUGUGAGAACCUAGGAUAUGUAAAACAAUUUGCACGCUUCCGGUUUGUGUGGGCUAGAAUACGCAGAAUUUUUAUCUAGGAUUGUAUGACAAUUUCUCGAUAGGUAAGAUAAAGUAAUCACAGGAAAAAAAGUGUCCAUAGGCACUCGUAGAGUGCGUCAACUGGGGAUUAGCGAAGCGCUAUUGAAACGAUUUUUGUUUUUCGGUGGUAGAUUGUAAGAGCAAUCAUAGAAAUCAGAACACAAAUGCUGUAUAGAUAAUAUAGAUCCACGUUAUUUCACAGACCGCAAGCGGGAGGUAAACAACAAGCGAAUUGAAUCAUAUUUGAGAUGGGCCCCUCGUUGAUUAGAGGGGCUUGCUUUUGGCGGGAUGUCUACACAACUGUACAUAAAUCCGCGUUGUAGCCCGUCAAAAGAGAUUAAGGUUAGAAAUUUUGUAUUUGAUUGAUUAUAGUUUGGCUUCCAAUAAAAGGGGAAAGCCGAUGUAACACGUUGUUACCCGUUUUUAACUGUGGCCGUUGAUGAUAGAAAUAUUAUUGAUUAGGAAAAAUCGCUGCAGCAAGCGAAAAAUGUUGAAACUUAUCUAGAUCGAAAUGGUGAGGUUUGUGUCCACGUUACAACUGUUAUAAAGCGAAAGCCCACUCGGCUUUCAUUAUGGCUUCUUCUGUCGCUCUCUAUAUGUAUAGCUUUUUUGAUUUUCUCAUGCGAGCAUAUCGUUCAAACAGAGGAGAAUUUGUCUUUUGUGUUGGAAGCUCGUUGGUCCUGGUAGAGCUUAACAGCCAUAAAGCUCUAUCUGGAUUAGGAGCGACCAUGCAAAGGUGGGUUCCACCUCUGUUCGCACUGCUGGAUGCAUUGCUGAGUGCUUGAUUUCCUUUUGUCUAGGAGAGCUGUUUUCGCAAGUAUACAGUUAAAAGUUAACUAAAUUAAAUAGUGUAGGAAAUACCAGAACACAGGAAAGAUAUUUAGUAGAAAAUGACGCUUUACUAUAGGCAAAACAAAAAAUAGGAGUGUAUACCGCUUUUCGUGAACAUUUUAGGUGAGAGAGAAACCGAAACUCAAGAGUGAUGAGGAAAAUGAUGUGCUGAAAGCAGCAAAACAGAAGGAAUAUAUGAAAGUCUUAUGUAAAACCAUUUCAAACCCAUUACGCUGCAAUGUCACCAGCAACUUAUUCACACACUUCUGUAGGACUCGUUGUUGUGAAAUCGACCUAAGGUACUGUGCUUUCCACUGCUGUGGGAAGCUCUGUAAA